AAAAAAAGUAUUCGGGCCGGACUUCGCAGCUGCGCGUUUGAGGCUGUGGUAUUGAUCGUUGGAAAUGCUUUAAGCUGCUUUCGCGGUACAUUUAUUCAAAAUAUGGCACCCAUUCGUCCUCACAAUAAGACAAGAAGCGGCUGCAAAACGUGCAAGGAUCGAAAGGUCAAGUGUGACGAAUGUCUUCCCAUAUGCCAGAACUGCACCAGACGUGGGAUAGAAUGUGUAUGGAGUAGUACUGGUCCAUCGGCAGCGCUUGUGCUGCGUGAACCGUCAAGUUCGAAUGGACGCUCGACAUGGGCCGGCCCGAGUUCAUCCGACCCCUUAAUUCUUGAAUUGAUGCACCACUACUCUACAUCUGCUUCCUACUCACUCUCUUCUGAUCCCGAGGCGUCUCGAAUAUGGAGUAGCGUCAUUCCCAAAAUGGCCUUUGACCCACAGAACCAGUAUCUCCUCCACGCCAUUCUCGCGUUUUCCGCUCUUCACAUGCACCAUACCGAUUCGACGUCCCUUCCUCGGUAUGCUGCAGCCGCCCACACUUUUUAUCAACAAGCGAAAAUCGGCAUACACUCUGAAGAAGAGGGGACUGCAGACAUAAACGCCGCCCUCAUGGCACUAUGUCUCGUCGGGCGUUAUGAAUUCGCCUCAUUGGCCAAAUUAUGCCCGCUGUCCUCCAGCGACUCGGAUUGGUACAUCACCCAUUGUGCCAUCCGCCGCAACAUUGCAAAGAACCGGACGGAGUCCCAGGAUGGUGAUUUCCGUUUGCUGCUGCGUGCUAUGGCACCGCCAUAUGUACCGACGAAUUUCAACGAAGACUUCCCAUUAUCCUUGUCGACACUCCUGAGCACAGGUCCGGACGUCAGUAAACAUUUGUUCGUCGUCGUCGUCGUCGUUCGUGUAAAGACAGCUGCGACUGGCAGGUUGGACACUGGGCGUGGUCUACGGCGAGGAUGCAAGUCUUCGUCUGGGAGGAUGGGACUCACGAAACUCCCGGAUAGCCGUCGACCUCGUGUGGUGCGCGCUUUCUCCGAGUCUUCGGAGGGGGCGGGUGCCAUCUCACAUGUUUUCAUACGGCUGACCAGGAGUUGGCUAAAUGGGUAGAGUUUCAGAUUAGCGUGGAGCGUAACGUGCUGGAACUGUAUCGCUAGGUCCAAGAGAGGGAAUCGGCAAUGGGUAGUGAUAGUCUCGGUUGUAGCUACGGACAAGCGGGAAUCUACGGCAAUGUGAUCUCGGAG